UUUAUAAACACAAUAGAAAAAAGGAUGUAGGAAAAAUUGAAGUUGAAAUUCCUGGGUGUCGUGUUCCCUUUGAAGUUCCCCCAGACGUGCAAAACCUCGUUGACAUUAUCCUCGACAUUCUCCAGGGUUUUGGGUGGGAGUUUGUAAUCCCUUCGGAGUCUAGUGCGCAGAGUUGUCAAAGUAAUCACUUGAGGAUCUCUCGAGUUUUUGCAAUUGCGCACUGGUAUUUAACCAUCGCAAUGCCUGUGGUAUUUUCAUGGGGUUACAAACACAAUCGAUAUCCCUGCGUGUUGGUAUUUUCCAAGGGGAAAACACGGCAGUACGACAGUGAAACCCAAACAGUGAAGACCUGAUUAUUUUACGUCAAUCAAAUUAUUCCUAAUUUCGUGUGUGCUAAUAGACUCGUCCUGAGUCAUUUAUAAUUCCUCGGAAUUAUUUCUGUCGUCCUGGAUCUUUUAGAGAUCGAGAAGAUGUUGAUUAGGUCGAGAUUAUUUUUUUUUACAGGAUUUUUACCCUGAGAGACAAUUUUUUAUGGUAAUGAGAGUCUGAUUUCCAAAUUGAAGUGAUUUUCUGGGGUAAUUUGGGGGAUAUAAAUUGUUGGACUCGUCCAGGUCCUUCGAUUGUCCUCCCAUCGGGUCCUCGGGCCAUGUGGAGGGUCAUAAAAAUAAGUUCAAGUGUUGAAAUAAUUUUGGUGGGUUUUUCUCGGGCUGAUAGGGGGUUUGGUGGAUUGGGAGAUGUCUUACAAUGAUGGCGGUCGUUCUGUACGUAAAUCAGGGCAGAAAACGCCGAAAAAUUUGCGUGUGACGUCUAGUGAAAACGGAGGAAGGGCUGUAACAACGAUAAAUACGUACAGUGGACAGAGAAACAUUGUGGAUGGGCCAGAUCCAUCUGUGCACAAGAGAAAUCUCUACGUUGUUUCGUUUCCCCUUAUUCUACUCUUCAAUGUCCUGAGAACACUUCUCUACCAGUUGUUUAUUGUUUUCAAAUAUAUUUAUGCAUCGACGAAUCGUCUGAUUCAGAGGAGGCACGCAGCUGCUGCUGCCAGGGGUCAGUGUCAUCUGGAAAUUGUUGUGGGAAGCGAGAGGGAAUUGAAAGAGGAUAUAUUGGUUGUUGGCAAGGAGGAGAUGGCCCAUUUGCCAAGGAGGACUGGUCCUGGACCUGCUGAUCCUCUUUUGGCCAAGCAGAAGCAUCAUCACAGGAGGGCUUUUGAAUUUAUCAGCAAAGCUCUGAAGAUUGAUGAGGAGAAUGAAGGACACAAAGAGAUGGCCAUAGAACUUUACAAAAAAGGUAUUGGCGAGCUGGAGAAGGGAGUUGCUGUGGAGUGUUAUGGAGGUCGUGGAGAAGUGUACGAACGUGCUCAGAGGCUCAAUGAAAAAAUGAGAGCGAAUCUCGUUAUGGCCAAAGACAGACUCGACUUUUUGGCAAGUGUUUGUGCACUGAAAAAACUGGAAGUUAGAGGGGAAACACAGGCUGAAGGGACUCCUCAUGAAACUUCUAAUUAUCAUGGAAUUAAUCACACGAGACUGAGAAAAAAUAUUAAAAAUCAAUCACGUUUUGAUCCACUGACUGACGUUAACAGUAGGGAAAAUAAAAUACAUACGACACAAAGUACACAGACACAUGUGAGACCUAUGGAGAGGCCAGGGAAAUAUACCUCGCGAUCCUCUGAAGCCUCAGGGCGAAAAUUGAUCCCUGGGAAACGGCACGCAGGUGCGACAAUAACGAAGAGUCAGACACUUCCCAGAAGCAUGGGUCGUUCUCCAGCUCUUCCCUGCCACAGAACAGCGCCAUUGAAACCAUCCUCGACGCCUCCAUCAAUCCGUCGCCAGCUGUCAAUUCCUGGCUCGUCCUCACCGAUCCGCAGACCAGGAACUCCAGGUGCCACGUCCUCUGCCAGAGGAACACCUAGAAAAGUGCCUCUACUGAAAGGAGUGGAUCCAAAACUGGCACAGGUUAUUCUCGAUGAAAUCCUGGAGGGUAGUGCAGCAGUCCAGUGGGAGGACAUAGCUGGUCAGGAAGUGGCUAAACAGGCACUCCAGGAAAUGGUGAUUCUUCCCUCGUUGAGACCAGAAUUAUUCACAGGCCUACGAACACCAGCUCGAGGAUUAUUGCUGUUUGGUCCCCCAGGAAAUGGAAAGACUCUUCUAGCCAGGGCUGUUGCCACUCAGUGCAACGCCACCUUCUUCAGCAUAUCAGCAGCGAGUUUAACCUCCAAGUACGUGGGUGAGGGUGAAAAACUCGUGAGGGCACUUUUUGCUAUUGCCAGAGAGCUCCAGCCCUCUGUUAUUUUUAUCGACGAAGUGGAUUCUCUGUUGAGCGAGAGGAGGGAUAACGAGCACGAGGCAUCCAGGAGACUGAAGACUGAGUUCCUGGUGGAGUUUGAUGGACUGCCAUGUAGUCCUGACGAGAGGAUCCUCGUCAUGGCUGCCACCAACAGACCUCAAGAGCUCGACGAAGCCGCCCUCAGGAGAUUCAGCAAAAGGGUUUACGUCACUCUGCCUGAUUUAGAGACCAGAGUUGUGCUCAUAAAACGACUCCUGGGAAAACACAGCGAUCCACUGAGUGACGAGGAACUCCAGGAAGUCGCUGGUCUCACUGAAGGCUAUUCUGGCAGUGAUCUCACUGGGUUGGCUAAGGAUGCUGCCCUUGGACCCAUCAGGGAACUCAAUCCAGAACAGGUCAAGGCACUUGAUCUUAAUCUUGUGAGGAAUAUCACUAUGAAGGAUUUUUUAGACUCUUUAAAGAGAAUCAGGAGGUCAGUCUCUCCUAUGAGUCUUGCUGGGUACGAAAAAUGGAGCCUCGAGUAUGGAGACGUCAGUCUCUGAUUCAUGAAGGGCCCUUUCAAGGGCCCAUGGGUAGCCUCUGUUGAGGUUUAGAUGGGGUCAAUCAGAUAAAAUGAGAGAUCAGAAAAAUUCAAUUUGGAAAACAGAAUUUUCGAUUUUUGAAAAUCCUUGGUCGAUUUUAAAUGCAUGUCCAGGGAAAUUGGGGGGUGUUAAUAUUUUUUGGCUUUUCCGACAACGAAAGAAUGGCUGACGGGUAGGAAAUUAUUUAUUCGAAUUUUCGAUGUUAAUUCUGUGGUUUUUUUUCGCAUUGUUUUCCUCUCGGGGAGAUUCAGUAGGGAAGUUGAAUUAAAAAUUGUUUAUUAAUUAUUGAUUAUCUCGAUAACUAUCCAUUUAAAGAGGAAACAUUAAAAGGCUUUUUUACAGCUGAAUAAAUUUCUAAUGAAAAAUGUUUUUUGAUAUUUCACUCUGAGGUUAAUUGUUUUUGAGAUAAAUCGAUAUUCAGCAAGAUUUAUUUUACUUUACCACUUUGCUACUAAAUUCAGGAGCGAUAUUUUUCGUGGGAUUAUCCGAUUGAGAUUAAUUGUGUUUACCUAGUGAAUUCGUUGUUCCAAUCGUUUCGGUAUGCGCGGUAUGUGAGGGAUUUCCAUUUCUCAAUAAACGAGGGAAUUUAUCAUUUGUAAUUGGGUGGAUUAAGGAGGUAAUCUCCUUAGUCAACUUUGUUACAGACAAUCUUUGAAUAUAAUAUUGUAAUUGUA